GAGAUAUGUCUUUUAACAAUCAUGUGAUCCUGCCUAUCAGCUGACACGGAAGUAAAACUCACCCUUAUUCAUGAGUCGCUCUCCUUCCUAAUAGUUUAUUUCAGCGAUCUCCGCCUAAAAGUAGCUUUUAUCGAUAUAAAUUUUUUUAUAGUUUGAAUGCUGUUGCGAGUGUCUCUUUAAGAUGAAUCCUCGCGUGGACGCGCUCAUCAUUGCGCUCCUCUGCGCGUUGUCCAUCGGCGCCGCGCAACACCUUGACACAGUAGAAUGGCUCCCAGACGGUCCGAGCGCGUCCGUGGAUCUUCAGCAAGAGAACAACAGCACAAACUCGUCUGAUCUGACUUAUGGGUUCAUAUCCUGCGCCGUGGCAGUAGUCUUCUACGGGAGCAACUUCGUGCCAGUGAAGAAGAUAGAUACUGGAGAUGGCAUGUUUUUCCAAUGGAUUCUGUGUGCUGCUAUAUGGACGGUCUCCCUAGUGGUGAACAUCAUUCUUCAUAGUCCAAAGUUUUGGCCUCUUGUUAUGCUGGGAGGAGCAAUCUGGGCUACUGGUAAUAUAACUGUAGUUCCUAUCGUAAAGACUAUUGGGCUUGGUCUUGGUCUUCUCAUAUGGGCUUCAUUUAAUCUGCUUUUAGGUUGGGCCAGCUCUCGGUUUGGUUGGUUUGGUAUUGGUGCGGAGACUGUAUCCAAACCAGUUCUGAACUACUGUGGAGCAGGUCUUUGUUUACUUAGUGCCAUAAUUUUUUUCUUUGUGAAGACUGAUGUACAAAGAUCUGCAACAUCUGAAGAAACACCAUUACUAAUAGACCAUACUGUGAACUCUGACUCUGUCGUAGCAACAGAUGAUUCCUGGGUGGAUGCAUUAACACCACGCACCAAACGUCUUGUUGGAUCGUUUCUGGCUGUUGUCGCUGGACUGCUGUAUGGAGCAUCAUUUGUUCCAGUUCUGUACAUUAAAAACCAUGCAUCAGAUCCAGACAGCCAGUACAAUGGGGCUAGCCAGUUUGAUCUGGAUUACGUCUUUGCACAAUACAGUGGGAUUUUCCUCACCAGUACUGUGUAUUUCGUCCUGUACUGUGCCAUCAAAAAAAACAAACCUCAAGUUUUUCCUAAAGCAGUGCUGCCAGGAUUCCUUUCUGGUAUCAUGUGGGGUAUAGCCACGUGCUGCUGGUUCCUUGCCAACAAUUACCUCAGUGCUGUAGUCAGCUUCCCUAUUAUAACCACAGUUCCUGGAUUGAUUGCAGCUCUUUGGGGUGUUGUAGUGUUCAAAGAAGUGAAGGGCUGGCGAAAUUACAUUGUUCUCAUCAUUGCUUUCUGUCUCGUUCUGUCUGGAGCAUUACUGACUGCAUUUUCAAAGAUUUAAACCUACUUUUAGACAACAGCAGGAAAUGUGAAGAAGAAGUUAACACUUUAUAAGUUCUUCUUUAAAAUCACUUCUGCUGUUUUAUAUAUUUUGAAUACUGUAAAUGAGAGAUUUAUCAUGCAGCUGAACAUACUGAAGUGGAACAAUAUUGUUUAUAUCAGGGAGGGAUAUGGUCCUAAAAUAGAUAAGAUACUUGAAAUGUUCUAGCAAUAUUAGAACAGAUGUUAUGUUAAUGUUAUUGGGAACACAAUUCAAUAUAUUUGUGUUGUAUUUGUAGUAACAUACUUUUUAAAAGUCAUGUUUACACUAUAAUGGACCUCAUUUCACUGUAUGUUUGCACGACAAUGAAGCCCAUUUUAAAACCAUUUAGAACAAAAAAAAAUAAAAAAAUUUGCAUGACAUUUUCAUGAGUUUUGCACAUUUUACCUUCAAAUUAUUUUUUUUAUUAAGUUUUUGUAUUUCCAAUUAUUCCUAAUGGUGAUCCACGUGUACUGUAAUACAGUAUUUUUUAUUUUACUGUAUAUUACAUUUAAAUGCUGCAGUGCAGUAACUUUAAAUAUUUACUUUUCAUGUUACAAUGUUUUUUUUUUUGACAUUUGCAAUGAUAUUGCAUUACAAAAAAUGUCAUGUAAAUAUAUUACAAAACAAAUAAAUGUUGAGAAUGUCACAUGCAAAAAUGUUCAUGGUUUUAAGAGUAGGCUUUGUUUUCUUGUAUAUAUAAUCUCUUUCCUUUCUUUUGAUUUUGAUUAGUCAUGAUAUUUUUGUCAUUUUGGCUUGUUCUUUAGAAGUUUCACCCAUUUAUUGAUCAAUUAAUUGCUGUUGGGUUUUUAUUGUUGCCAAAUUAUAUCAGAGGCCUUAGAUUUUUAUUUGUUGAUUUGACUUUAACUUUACUAAAAGGGAAAUACAAUUAAUUACAAACGCAAGGUUUGUGGGUCGUUGAAAAAUAGUUGAAAACUUGAUACAGCAUGUUAUAAAGGAAGGAAGAAGAUAAAAGCACUGAGCAGAAAGAAAAAGUAAUGUAUAGUGCUGGACAGUGAUGGGAAUAACGGCGUUAUAAAUAACGGCGUUACUAACGGCAUUACUUUUUCCAGUAACGAGUAAUCUAAUUGAUUACUCUUCUCAUCUUAAUAACGCCGUUACCGUUACUGCCAAAAAAUGCGGCGCGUUACUAUAACUGAUGAUGAAGCUGUUUUUUUUUUUCCAUCAGACCAACUAGAUCUCUGAGCGAGAGGCAAAUACUUUUUUUACUGUUCUUCCUUGGUUAGUGGGCAGAGCACGAGACAAGCGCAUAAAUGCUGACGAUUGGCUGAGGUAGAGUAAAAUUUCAUUGUAAGCCAAUCAGAGGUAGAGUUGGGCGGGUUUUCGAAAGCACGCAUAGUAGUGAUGGGAAUUCGGCUCUUUUGACUCAGCUCACUGAAAAGAGCCGGCUCUUUGGCUCACAAACGGCUCUUUAAAUGACUUUGACUAUAAUAUUUCAAUUUUUAUUACAUAAUUAUUUAAUUUCUAUAGGCUUAAUUUGAAAAAAAUAGAGUUGGCUCUUCAGAUAUGCGAGCCAGCUCCCGAAGUUCAACUAAAAAAGCCGGCUCUUAGAGUCGGCUCAUUCGCGAAUCGCGAACGACUCAUCAAAAGCUCAUUCGCGAACGAGUCGAUCCAUCAUCACUAACGCUCAUUCGCGAACGACCCAUCAUCGGACAGGACAGGACACACAACGAACAACACAAGCCAGUCAGUCAACCAGAGACAGGUAUGGCGACGAGCCCAAAUAAUCCAAAAGUAGCCUUCUCUAAAUGGAAGUAUAUACAUUACUUUUUCCUUCAAGAAAUUAAAGAAACAAUAAAAGGAAAUAUCAAAAGUUCCCAAAAAUCUAUCGUGUUAUUUGCAUUUAUCCACUAUAUAAACAUAAUAUCUACAUACAUGGCAUUUGAUUGGAGGCUAGUCUCACUUUGUCCCACAGCAACUUUUUUUUUUAGAUGUGUGUACAAUGUUUCAUGUUUCUGUUAAUAAUGUAUUGUAUUAAGUGUCCAUUUCAUUAUAAUAUUCAGAUUUAUCAUAAAUAAUUGAACAUGCACAUGUAUUUUAAGUUCCUUUAAAGAGGGGUAGAGGUGGGGUCACGUUUGAGCAUUUAAAAUGUAAUUUUACUUGAAAGUAACGCAAUAGUUACUUUCUUAAGUAACUAGUUACUUUAAAAAUUUGUAACUGAGUUACUAAUUUAGUUACUUUUUGGAAGAAGUAACUAGUAACUGUAACUAAUUACUUUUUAAAAGUAACUUGCCCAACACUGGUGCUGGACUGCCAUGCCAGGGGAUGAAGGAAGACCAAAGGGAACUUAAAAAAAAAAUGUACUAAUGUUCAACAAAACGUGUUUAUUUGAAACUUUUCAAAAGAUGUUUUAAUAAAAUUUUUAAAA